AUGUCUGCUCACCAGAUGAGGGACAAAGCGUCGGCCGAUGGGCCGGAUGACUCGGGCCCGAGCAAGGCCCGGAAGGCAUGCGGUAAGCAGAUGGUGGACUCCGUCUCAUUGCAUGCGACUGUAGACGCUGACGGGUGUGCCCACUUCAAGUCAAUUGUAGAAGGCAAAAGGUAUGUCGGCCUUGGAGCUGGCCCUCUGGUGAAGGCGAAUAGUCUAACCGGCUUUUUUGUGACCACAGAUGAAAUAGCCAAUUCCGCGUCUCAUCGUGAAAGUCUCUCGCUGGCUUCGUUGAUUCAGGCAAAUGAGCAUGCCCCAGCACUGAAUAAAUCCGUGUUUCUUCGGUUGAAGCGACUUGAAGAUCACUUGGGUCUGCCAGUCCUCACCAACUUGGAAGAUGCAGACUCGCCCGCGUCCCCAGAUGUACCAACAUUCGAACCCGACACACCAGGGGAGACAUCGCUUGGUGCUCUAUGGAGCGCUGUAUCCGUCUUGCGAAGGACAUGUUCAUCAAACGCAAGCUCAAAUAUUUGGGAGAAAUCCCUGAUCAAAAGACUAUGGUUAUCCUUCCACGAGUCCAUGCCAGGGCUUCACUUCCUCCCAACCAAGCAAACCUUCUCAUCGCCGAGACCACUCAUGCUAGCUUCAAUGUUAUACUGCUCAAGUAUACGAGGCUUGCCAGAAGUCGCAGUUCUAGCACCAGACUACUUCAAUGUCUUGUGCAGUGCCAUUUCACAGCUGUGCAUACCACAGAGCGAAGUCGGUCAAGCCCCGGAUGACCCAGCUUCAGCUGAAGAAUGGGCCUUUCAAACCGUUCUGGGAAUCAUACUCGCUGGACUGCUACGAGAAGCCGUUGUUAAAGAGACGGGGGUCUGGAUAUCUCUCGCUUACAGACUCAUCCUCGAGCACUGCCCCUCCAACACCGAUGAGCGAUCCCGCGAGUGGCAACGCCUGUUUUCUGGCCUUCAGAUCGUUGACCUCGAGCACGCCUCAAUACAUCUCUCAUGCCCAGUCAUACCAAUCGAGGCGCCUCUCCCACGACUCAAGAUCCCAAUACAGGACCAACUCUAUCGGCUCUCGAGGAUGAUGCACACCGGCCUAACUCACUUCACAGGCAGAGGUCUGCCAACGAUAUGGUCCUGUUUCGAGAGCGAACCUAGCGUAUUACAGAUAUCUUCCGUCCAAUUUAGCGGCGUCGACGGCGCUGUCAUUCGCGACUGGGCAAGGCAGCUAGACGACUGGCUCGUUGAGUUCAGCGACAAGGACUUUGAGUCGGAGCACGAGAAGAAGCUGGUAUUCCGGCAGUAUAUCCUGCACAGGCUUCUCGUGCUAUCCAUCUACCACCCUGCCCGAGGAUGCAACCUGUUUUCGAACACGACGCCGAAAGAGCAGCAUGAGCUGCUUGUGUCAGCAAGAGCGGCGGUCAAGCUUCAAAUUCUAGAUGCUUCGAUAUGGUCGAAUUGGGAUCUCGUCAUGAUCACCUGGGCUGCUCUCAUCGUACUUCAAGGUGUAGACGGUGGAGUAGGAGAACCAGACGAUCUUGAGAACGUUGGAGUUCAUCUCCAAAAGCUGAAGGAAAUGCACGAGCCGAAGCCCAGCUUGCGAGGCAUUUUAGCGACACGACUGGAACAGAAACUUCAGGGCCUUCAUACGCCCGCUUCUGGAGACGCCGAGGUGUUCGAGCAAGAGAUACGGAACUUGGAUAAUUCAUGGUAUAUCUUUGACCAAUCGAGUCUGCAAGCAGGAUAUGAGCUUUGGUCGUACGAGAACCAGGGAGGAUAG